AUGCAGUCGGCGCCGAGCGGCGGCGUUAACAAUUCAAUUCCAUAUAUGCAUAUGGUUGAUUGUGACGAGAAAAAUGUGACAAAGAAAAACCAGAAGCCUCAGCCGAGUCCAAUGUACGCCGAAUAUCGCCAAAUCGAGUCGGAAUCGCGAAAAGCGCGAAAUCUUGUAACCGAAGCCAUCACCAAUGUAAUUGAUAGCGUCGACAUCGACACGCUCUCAAGAACACCAUCGGAUUUCAACAAAGAUGACGGAAGCGAGGAGACCGACGUUGAACUUCUCUAUGAUGGUGAUGAGGUUGAAGACGACUACGAGCUAGCGCGAACUCAUUGGAUUCAACUUCAUAAAUCCAAUAAGCAGAAUUUGGUAUUGCGCAGCUGUUUUUUGGUGAUUCUCGACCAAUAUCCGCAUACGCGCCCAAUUUGGACCUUCGGAAAACGAAUCGAGGAAUCCGAAAAAGAUUGGAAGGCCGAGUUCUCCGAAGAUUUCUAUUUUAGGCAUCACUGCGCGACACUCCAGGCGGCGAUCAACCUAAUUCUCAAGUCGAAAGACGAUGUUCACAGUUUUCGGCGGAUGCUUAACGAAAUGGGCGCCCAUCAUUUUUUCUACGACGCCUGCGAACCGCAUUUCGACGUGUUCCAAGAGUGUUUCAUCAAAGGAAUGAAGCUCGUUCUCAAUGGUCCCGAGGCGCUCGACGACGAAAUCGAGGCCUCGUGGAAUUCCCUUCUUCGCACAAUUAAAAUUCACAUCGCCGAAGGGAUCGCAAUUCAAAGGGUCAACUAUCUAUCGCAGUGCCUAAUUCCAAAAGAAAUGGAAGAAGUUCGCGAAAAUUGGGCAAAAGUGAUGGAAUUCGGCUACCAAAAAGCCGGCGAUAUUCUAUGCGACGUCGCAUUCAAAAGCUAUACGCAUCUUCUAAAGGAGUACAAUCUUCGCAUGUAUCUUCCGCCGUCGACGAAAAGAGGAACGCCAGCAUACGAGGAAUUGAGUAUGCAAAUUAUGCGGGCCAUUGGGAAAACCAUUGAGAGCUACACAAAAGAGGACGGAUUUUGUGGGCUCAUCGAGCAAAUUCGCGAGUUUGUCGUCAAAUUUCUCAUCGUCGACGUCUGCCCGCCGCUGAUUCGACGAGCUCUCAUUGACGGCCUCGUUCAAAUGCUCUCAAUCGUUCUCGACAUCGAGCACGUCCGCGAGGAUUUUGUGCAUAUUUGGAAGAAGGUCUACCGCGUAAUGGAGCAAUCAAUGAUCGCCAACAUCAUCGAUUAUUAG